GGUUUGAGGAGGAACAUCCCUUAGUUGGAUAGAACAGGUCAGCAAAAACCCAUCCACGUGGGUGUCUGAAAGCCAAUCGCCAACACCUUUCCAAUCCCUACAAGUAACACAUAUUUCCUGUCUUCCUUACUCUUUUUUUUAGAUUCAAAACCCACCUGUUUCUCAGUAAAAUUUCUCACAAGGGUAGCAGAAAAAGAAGGAUGCAAUUGCAGCAGGCACUUAGCUGGUGCCACUGCCAUCACAAUUCAUGUCCAAUUCUUCUCCCUACGUUCAUCAAGAACUGCAAUUCAAACCUCGUACAAGUAUUUGCAGCGAAGGAUACCAGAGCCCAUUCUCCUUGUUUCCUUGGACUCAGAAGCAAACUACAUAAGUGCCCAUCGAUAAGGAGGAGGCAUGUUGUCAAAGCAAUUGCCAGUCCAGCCACAACUGGAGGUUUGGCACUGACCGAAGAGAAUGUUGAAAGGGUGCUGGAUGAUGUGCGACCAUAUCUUAUGGCAGAUGGAGGUAAUGUAGAGUUAUAUGAAAUUGAUGGUCUAGUUGUCACAUUGAAACUACAAGGAGCUUGUGGCUCAUGCCCAAGUUCAAUGACAACUAUGAAGAUGGGAAUAGAAGCACGCCUGAAGGAGAAGAUCCCAGAAAUUGUUGCAGUAAAACAAGUAAUGGAUACAGAAACGGGACUUAACUUGAAUGAUGAAAAUGUUGAAAAGAUUCUUGCAGAAAUAAGGCCUUAUCUAGCAGGCACAGGGGGGGGAGAGAUUGAAGUAGCUGGAAUUGAUGGUCCUGUUGUGAAGGUUCGGAUUAGCGGACCUGCAGCUGAAGUUAUGACUGUCCGUGUUGCUAUAACACAGAAAUUGCGGGAGAAGAUACCUGAAAUUGCAGCAGUCCAACUAGUAUAAGCUGGGCCUUCAACCCCAACAAUUCACACACAAAGUGGAAGAUGCACUGCUCUGUAAUAAUAGAAAGGAGUGGAAACUAUUUUAGAACCAUCUGUUUGUAACUUUUUACGUUUAAUACUGCUGUAAAAAAUGUACUCAUUACAGAUUCAUCAUUGUAGUAGUCGUAGGUUUGUUCUCCAGCCAAUGUUCUCAAUUUGUUUAGUUGCCUAUUCACAUUCCAUGCCAGCUAUCAUCAAUAGCUAGUUGUAACUUGAAGAAAAAAAGUGCUACACAACUUCUCAGCUGAAGAUUUAAGCCUUCUGCUUUUAAGUAAUGUUGAAAAACUAGUUAAAUUGCCAUCA